AUGGAGGGUCUGUCCAGUCUACUGUUUGCGCAGAAAGCGGGCCAAAUAGGCAGAGACAUUGCGGAUGAAGCAGAAAGUUACCAGUUCGUGAUUCUCAUCGCAGCAGCAACUGCAUUCGUUGCAGCUGCGUGGCAUAACCCGCAGCUGCUGCAUCUCCUUCCCCGUUCUCGCGGAGGGGUCCUUUUUGCUGGCUAA